GUGAUGACGUCACGGUGACGUAAAACUGCCUCCGUCCGCCGACUUAUUAAACAUGUCCGGGUUCUCUGCUCUACAAGCUCGGCGGCGUCACGGUGAGACCUCGCGUCAAAACUGAAGACUCGGAGCGCCGUCCUGACUCCCUCACCGAGACCUCAGGUGAACUUCCUCUUCCUAGCGAUAACCUUUGACUACUAGCUUCACUCAGCCGUGUGGUUUGCUCAUUUCACCCGCUGAUAAGCAACUAAAGUCGGCCUUGGCGUCCGGACUCUCCCGGGGAGGGCGCUGUGUUCGAGGUCAUCGGCUUCCAUCAUCGGGCUCCACGCAGACCUUCCAGGAAUGAAGAGCCUGCCGUACUUCUGCCGGGGAGAAGUUAUUCGAGGCUUCGGGAGAGGGAGCAAAGAGCUGGGCAUUCCCACAGCAAACUUCCCGGACUCCGUGGUGGACAAUCUGCCGGCGGACAUCGGCACGGGCAUCUACUACGGCUGGGCCUGUGUGGGCAACGGCGACGUGUACAAAAUGGUGAUGAGCAUCGGCUGGAACCCAUACUACAAAAACACCAAAAAGUCCAUGGAGACUCAUGUCAUCCACAAGUUUAAGGAGGACUUCUACGGGGAGACCCUCAGUGUGGUCAUGGUGGGCUACAUCCGCCCGGAGAGAAGCUACAACUCACUGGAGGCCCUAAUCGCCGCCAUCAACGGCGACAUCGAGGAGGCCAAGGUCCAGCUGGAGCUGCCCGAACACGCCAAGCUGAGGGAGGACAACUUCUUCACCAGCAGACCUGACUGCACCCCCACCCCCUCACCCACCGCGUCGUCCUCCUCCUCAAAGACUAUCAUGAAUGGACACUGAGAGCUGUUGCCGUGGCGACACGUGGUCGAAACAUGACUUCUUUUCCCGUUUUGUAUCGUUUUUCUUUUACGUGGCAACUUAAUGUGAUUCAAUGUAAAUCUUCAACACAUGUCAGUGUGGCCAUUAUUGUGUAGAACAACAACACUAUAGAGUUACACUAUGCAACACACACACACUCGCUAAUUACUGGGUUUACAAAACCAGCCCCAGUGAAAUGUCACCCUCCUUCUUUACAGUUCAUCCAUUUGUUUGCUCCCGCCUGUCAACGUUCAAAGAAUAAAGUCCACGAACAGACAGCAUUUUGUAUUUAUAAUUUAUUGUGGGGGGGGGGGUCCUACAAGAAAGGCCAACCAGAAAAGACUAGAAAUAAUUACAACUUGCCAUUUUAUUGUGCUUGAAGAAAUGAACGGGUGUAAAUAUAUCAGAUAGUUGGAAUGUAAUCUAUCCUAUGAAAUGUUUUUUUCUGCCAAGUGAAGUGUCGUUUCCGCAUUUAAAGGACAACAAUAAUAAUACAGAGUGUAUACUGUUUGUUCAUCCAAUAAAUCAUUUGACCCAG